AUUGUGUGGAGAAAAAAGCUCCGCAACUCAGUUUGUGGCUGUGUAUCUUUGAAUAAUAACAUCUGCUCUCCCACAUAUCUAUCUCUCUCGAAGACAAAAAUGGUGGAAGAUGAACAAUGAAGAAGGAUCAGCUCAUGCAUUAACCCUGCUGUUACGUUCCUUCCUCUCAUGGCCUCUCACAUCCUUCCUUAUUACCACAAUCCAGUUCUGUUUUGUCCCAAUCGAAAAUUCAUCGGCCACCAUCACCGUUCCUGCGGCAAGCUCCUGAAGACAAGAAUUAGGGUUCCUCGAAGCUCAGCCAUUAGCGACGGUGGCAUCUCCCACAAUACUUUAGUUUCCGAGGCUGUAAGGCUUUUAGUUCCACAAGCAAACUUUGAUUCCUCAAAGCUCAAAGUGGAGUUCUUAGGGGAGAUAUUGGAGGCUAAAGCUAGCGGAGGGAUUAUAACACCACGCACAUAUAUUCUUUCACACUGUGACUUCACCGCUAACUUGACCUUAACCAUCUCAAACGUCAUCAACCUGGAUCAACUAGAAGGCUGGUACAAGAAAGACGAUGUGGUUGCUGAGUGGAAGAAGGUGAAUGACGAGUUGCGGUUACAUAUUCAUUGUUGUGUUAGUGGGCUUAGUUUAUUGCAGGAUAUGGCUGCAGAGCUUAGGUAUCACAUAUUCUCCAAGGAACUGCCUUUGGGGCUAAAAGCUGUGAUCUAUGGAGAUUCAGUCAUGUUUAGAGAGAACCCUGAGCUAAUGGAUGCUUAUGUAUGGGUUUAUUUCCAUUCAAGCACACCUAAAUACAAUCGGAUUGAGUGUUGGGGACCUCUCAAAGACGCUGCAAAGGGAAAGCAGGAAGGCAAUCGUCAAGGCUUCUUGAGUUCAAAAACUUCUUCGAGGAAACUGAUUCAGCCUAAGUCUAUUUUUCAUACCCUGUUUACAUUUCUUCUGUGAGACAAGUUGUACAUUCUCCUCUUCUUUAUUUUUUUGCAAGUGAUGAGCAUCUGACACAAGUACAAUCUGCCAAAUUUCAAUUGUUCAUACCCGAAGUUCUUAUCAGAAACUUGUUCGUAAAACA